AUGGUGGCCAAAGGCAGCCGGAGUACACCGCCGGCGGUGACUCCGCCGCCGAUUGGCGAUCUCGCGAUAAGCGUUGAUGAGGAGCCGGUGGCGUCGAAUAAAUUGGCGGUGCCGGUGGCGAAGAAGGGGGGAUGGAUGAAGCAGGCGAAGACGAAAGCGUCGGGCACGCUGAGACGAACACUGUUUGGUAGAAGUACGAAGCGGAAGACGAAAGAUGCCGAGUAUGAGAUCAAGGAAGAGGAGGAGGAGGAGGAGUACACUGAUAAUUAUGAUACUGUCAAAUCGCUGCCGGCAACUGGACACUAUGGAAAAUCGAGGGUUGGCAACACGUCGCACACGAAACUUCAGGAUCUCGCCGAAGAUUUGAAGGCGAGAACGAAUCGCGCCAGCGAUUUGCCGCCGAAACCGCCGGUGAUCAUCUUCCGAGUGCCGCGACGACACGUCAACUCGAUGUCGUCGCUUCGAUUGUCGCCUGGAGCGAAUGGUGUCGUCAAAGCGCCGCUGUCGGACCCGGUUUUCGAUUUUUACACGUGGCACACAUCGGCCGAUGACAACCAUGACGCGGUAUACUCGCUUUUCAUGAAGGCUCACAAGUGCUAUGAUUUGAUUCCAACGUCGACGAAAUUGGUGGUGUUCGACACCCAUUUGCCGGUUCGUAAAGCGUUCUAUGCGCUUGUCUAUAAUGGGGUGAGAGCUGCGCCGUUGUGGGAUUCCGAUAAGCAACAGUUCACUGGAAUGCUCACCAUCACGGAUUUCAUAAAGAUCCUUUGCAAGCAUUAUGAUCAGGGAGAUAAUGCUGAACGAAUGCGGGCCCUUGAGGAUCAGCAGAUCAGUCAUUGGCGUGAUCAAUUCGAGAAGGACGGAUCGCUUCGUCCAUUUGUCUCGAUCGAUCCCAGUGAGAGUCUGCAUCGAGCGGUUGAGAUUCUUUGCGAGUCGAAAGUCCAUCGUUUGCCGGUGCUUGACCGCAAAACUGGAAAUAUAAUGUACAUUUUGACACAUAAACGCAUUAUGAAGUUCCUUUCGCUUUAUAUGCGCGACUUGCCACGACCGCAAUUCAUGAAUUGCACACCGCGAGAGCUCGGAAUUGGAGCGUGGGGCGAGAUAUUGUGUUGCCACAUUGAUACGCCGAUUCAUGAUGCUCUUGAGUUGUUCUUGAAGAAUCGCGUCUCGGCGUUGCCGCUUGUCGAUAAGGAUGGACGGGUUGUUGAUAUUUAUGCGAAAUUCGACGUGAUCAGCCUGGCUGCUGAGAAUUCGUAUGAUAAAUUGGAUUGCACUGUCCAGGAGGCGCUCCAGCAUCGCUCGGAGUGGUUCGAAGGUGUUCAAACGUGUCUAGAAACCGAUUCACUGUUCCAAGUGUUAGAAGCAAUUGUGAAAGCUGAAGUGCAUCGUUUCAUUAUUACGGAUAGCGAAAAGAAGGUUGUUGGAGUUGUUUCGCUUUCCGACAUUUUGAAGUACUUGGUGCUGGAUCCGUGCCAAGAGCCGCCAUCGAUCACGGCGCCCGCCGGCGCUCCGAGCCGCACGGCGAGCGGAACAUCGACGGGCGGGUCGAGCGACAGCCCGCCGUGCAGUAUUCCGGAGGGCGUUGAAGUCGAGGAUGAUGAGGACGAGGCGCCGGGACCAUCGACGCAUCGCCAUUGA